UUUAAUUCUUUCAUAACCCUAUUGGGUGUUUUUUUAAACUAAAUUAACAUGGCUCGAAUGAACCGCCCUGCUCCUGUGGAAGUCACAUACAAGAACAUGCGAUUUCUUAUUACACACAAUCCAACCAAUGCAACCUUAAACAAAUUUAUAGAGGAACUUAAGAAGUAUGGAGUUACCACAAUAGUAAGAGUAUGUGAAGCAACUUACGACACUACUCUUGUGGAGAAAGAAGGCAUUCAUGUUCUUGACUGGCCUUUUGAUGAUGGUGCACCACCAUCCAACCAGAUUGUCGAUGACUGGUUAAGUCUUGUGAAGAUUAAGUUUCGUGAAGAACCUGGUUGCUGUAUUGCUGUCCAUUGUGUCGCAGGCCUUGGCAGAGCUCCGGUGCUUGUUGCCCUAGCAUUAAUUGAAGGUGGAAUGAAAUAUGAAGAUGCAGUACAAUUCAUAAGACAAAAGCGGCGCGGAGCGUUUAACAGCAAGCAACUUUUGUACCUGGAGAAGUACCGCCCGAAGAUGCGGCUCCGCUUCAAGGAUUCCAAUGAACUGGAGGUCUGGAAGAAGAUGGAGGAUCAGAGAAAUAGGCAUUCAGCCGUCUACCUUAAGUGCCUGAGUGGGGAGACAAACGGCUGCUCACCCAGAAAUCAAAGAAAAGCAAGGAUGACAGCCACCAAAGCAGGAUGUGUUCCUGUAGUCAUUGAUGGACUUUGUCCCUCUGGGGAAAUGGUUGUCAUUGUGUAA